CAAAAAUAGUAAGAAAAAAAGAAACAGUCCCAACCGAUUGCUUUUUUUGGAAGUCUUUCAUUUGCCAGUGGUGUUCCAUCCAGUGUUUCAUUGUUCUCGCUUUUUCUCUCUUUCUUCUGUUGGGUGAGAUUAUGUGGUUAAGUGAUACGCAAAAAAUCGGGGUUGGAUUAACCGCUUUCGGCGUGUUUUUCAUGACGUUGGGCGUUUUUAUGCUGUUUGAUGUUGGAUUACUCGCGAUUGGCAACCUCUUGUUUAUAAGUGGCAUCACGGCCAUCAUUGGACCGCGCAGCACGCUUGUCUUCUUUUCCAGACGAGAGAAGCUGAAAGGCACGAUUUGUUUUGUGGGAGGAAUCGUUUUUGUCCUGUUAAAAUGGCCCAUUUUUGGCUUUCUUUUGGAGAUCUUUGGUUUCUUGAACCUUUUCGGUGAUUUCUUCCCGGUCAUCUUUGGUUUCUUGAAACGAUUACCUAUCAUUGGACCGAUACUUUGUCAUCCAGCCAUAUCCCGAGUCUUGCCGCGCGAGAGCCGAACACGAGUGUAAAAAUAUCAUUAAAUAACUGU